AGUUCCAGUCCGUCGGAGUCUGUUGACGACAGGUUUGAGCUCGAAGACGCUCUCGAGGAGGGUGUCUCCCACGUUUUCGACCUGACCGGCGGGGACGAUGCCCCGGAAGUCGUCUCGGCCAGAGAAGUCAUGGUCCUGGAGGACGAGGCACGGGAGUACAGAAGUUACAGGCUCCCCAACGGUAUUCGACUCGAGCCGGGCAAGACGGUCCAAUUAAGGCAGCCCGUCGACGCGACCCCAGACCGCAGGGCCCAUGUCGGGCUGGCUCAGGCCAUCAAGGUCCAGGUCGAGUUUGUGAGAAUCAAGUGCAUCAGGAGAAAAUCUGCAGGAAGCUCGGAUGUCGACAUCCACGGCAUAGGCUUCUCGAGAAACGAGACAUUGUGCGGCAUGCUACCACCACGCCAGCCGGACGAGGUCACCAUGAUCUCGGUGCUUGACUACCCGAGUGCCGCCCGUUGGGAUCAGCAGCAUUCGCUGGUCAAAACGAGCGGCAGCAACAUCCUCUGCGCCAGAGAGCUCAGAAUCACAAACGCGCCGUUUCCGGACCACCACAGCGCCGGACCAUCCGGCCACGGAAGCCCGGAGAGACGGGGGGCGGAGAAGCAGCCCCCGCUGGUCUGUCGUUUCCGGUUCCAGAUCCAAUACCUCGGCAGCAGCAGCGACAAGCCCCUAGAGAACGCCCUGAUCAGGAUCGGCGAGGACGAGGCGGACCCGGACUGCAAGAUACCCGACAGCAUCAACCUCAACCGAUGGCGGGGCGGCAAGGUCCCCGGGGGGUCCCACAGACCCGGCGGCGGUCCUAGUCAGCCAGUCUGUGAUCUGGAGUCGUCCGAGCCGGAGUCUCCUCCUCGUCUCUCGCGCGGACAGCGCUACACCGCCGGAGACGUGUUCUCCGGCGCGGGGGGCGCCGCGAGGGGCAUCGAGCGCGCAGGUGUCCACCUGGAGUUUGUGGUGGACAACUGGAACCACGCGGUCGAGACGCUCAGGAGCAACUUCCCGCAGACGAAGGUGUACGCGAUGUCGGUUGCGGACUACUGCGACGCCGAAGAGACGAGGGGGAAGAAGGUCGACCUGCUGCACCUGUCGCCCCCCUGCCAAGUCUUCUCUCCGGCGCACACCAUCAGCGGCAAGGACGACGAGGCCAACAUCGAGGCGUUCCUGACGUGCCCGCGGGUCGUGGAGCGGAACCGGCCGCGCAUCUUCACGGUGGAGGAGACGUUCGGGCUGCUGUGGCCGGCCCACCGGGGCCACCUGCACCGCCUGGUCCGCGGCUUCGUCCGGCUGGGCUACUCGCUGCGCUGGCGGUGCGUCCGCCUGUCGAGCUACGGCGUCCCGCAGACGCGACAGCGGCUCCUCAUGAUCGGCUCCGCCCCCGGCGAGCCGCUCCCGCCCUUCCCCCCUUACACGCACAACGAGUGCGGCACGGGGGGGCUCAAGCGCUGGGUCACGCCCGAGUCGGCGCUGGCCGCCGUCUCGUCGUCCCCGGCGCUGCGGCGGCACCCGCUGCACCGGCCGGACGACCGGCGCAAGCGCUUCGCGCGGCCGAGGGAGCGGUGGGACCCGGCGACGCUGGCGCGGACCAUCACCUGCAGCGGGGGGCAGAACCACCACUGGAGCGGCGAGCGCGACUUUACGCUGCUCGAGUACGCCGUCCUGCAGGGGUUCCCCGUGUGGCACCGGUUCCGGGGCAAGCGCCUCAAGAAGCAGAUCGGCAACGCGUUCCCCCCUUCGGUCGUCCGCGUCCUGUACGAGCACCUGGUCGACUGGCUGCUGGUCCAGGACGGCUUCGACCCCGCCGCCGUCCGGAAGGAAGAAUACGCCCGCGCGGGGAUGCCGACCGACCUCUCCUCGGACAAGUACGUCUGCCUGAUGGACGACAACGACGACAACAACAACAGCAGCAGCAGCAGC